AAAACCCACAAACCAGAGCAGCACACAACAUCAAUAAAUUCUUGAGGCAAAAGAAAAAUGGCAUUUAAGAAAAUUAAAAUAUUGUGUCGAUAAUCAUUUGGCUGGAUAAACCCACUAAAAAUAGGGAUGCUCCAAUGAGAUCAUGCGGCACAAUGUCUCACCGCUCCCUCCUCUCCUUGUUUCUCUCCAUUCCAUGCAUCCACAAGUUCAUCAUAUCCGUCGUCGUCUUCGUCUUCCUCAGUUUAUCUCCAUUUCUCCUCUUGCUUCAACUUCGAUCUCUUGGGAUAUAACUAGCUUAGCUAUAGCUCUAGCUAAAUAGGUUCGUACGUAUAGGAUAUUUGAUCCAUUGAUCGAUGGCCGUCGACAUGGAGCUCGACGGCGGUGGCGACGGCAAGGGCAAAGCCCCGCCGCAGAUAAGCCUGUCGGGGCUAUUCCUUGCGUGCAUGGUCGCCGGUGGCGUGCAGUACGGCUGGGCGCUGCAGCUCUCUCUCCUCACCCCGUACGUUCAGACAUUGGGAAUUCCUCAUGCACUCACUUCAGUUAUGUGGCUCUGUGGCCCUAUUGCUGGCUUAAUUGUUCAGCCAUGCGUCGGCCUGUACAGUGACAAGUGCACAUCCAGCCUUGGAAGACGUAGACCGUUCAUCCUCACUGGAUGCAUAAUCAUCUGCAUAUCUGUGAUCGUCAUCGGGUUCUCCUCGGACAUCGGCUACGCUCUCGGCGACACGACUGAGGACUGCAAGGUUUACAGGGGUCCUCGUUACCAUGCAGCGGCGGCAUUCAUCCUCGGAUUCUGGCUGCUCGACUUCUCCAACAACACCGUGCAGGGUCCAGCUCGCGCUCUGAUGGCCGAUUUGUCAGGUCGGCAUGGCCCAAGCGCGGCCAACGCGAUCUUCUGUUCUUGGAUGGCAUUAGGCAACAUCCUUGGCUACUCCUCCGGAUCCACCAAUGACUGGCACAAGUGGUUUCCCUUUCUCAUGACCAGGGCUUGCUGCGAGGCCUGCGCGAAUCUCAAAGCGGCCUUCUUGGUUGCAGUGGUGUUUUUGGGGUUGUCGACGGCGGUGACGAUGGUGUUUGCGAGGGAGGUGGCGCUGGACCCAGUGGCGGCGGCGAAGCGGAACGAGGGUGAGGCGUCGGGGCUCCUCGCCGUGUUCAAGGGGAUGAAGAACCUCCCCGUCGGGAUGCCGUCGGUGCUUAUCGUCACCGGCCUCACCUGGCUCUCGUGGUUCCCCUUCAUCCUCUUCGACACCGACUGGAUGGGCCGCGAGAUCUACCAUGGCCGCCCGGACGGCUCCCCCGCCGAGGUCACCGCCUUCCAAGAGGGUGUCCGCCAAGGCGCCUUCGGCCUCCUCCUUAACUCGAUCGUGCUGGGCAUCAGCUCGUUCCUGAUCGAGCCGAUGUGCCGUCGGCUGGGCGCCCGCGCGGUGUGGGUGAUGAGCAGCGCCGUCGUGUGCGUCGCCAUGGCGGCCGUCUCCGUGCUCAGCGCGUGGUCGCUCGGCGACUUCGGCGGCUCGGUGCAGGACGCAGCGCGGGCGCCGGCGGAGGAGGGCGGCGUCAGGGCGUCGGCGCUGGCGCUCUUCGUCUUCCUCGGCCUCCCCUUCGCCGUCCUCUGCAGCGUCCCGUUCGCCGUCACGGCGCAGCUCGCGGCGAGCCGCGGCGGCGGGCAGGGCCUCUGCACCGGCGUCCUCAACAUCUCCAUCGUCGUGCCGCAGAUGGCCAUCGCCCUCGGCGCCGGGCCCUGGGACGAGCUGUUCGGGGAGGGGAACAUCCCGGCGUUCGCCAUGGCGUCCGUGUUCGCCGCCGCGGCCGCCGCCGCCGGCGUCGUCUUGCUGCCCAAGGUCUCCGUCCGCUCCGUCAGCAUGGCCGGCGGCCACUGAUCACUACUAGUCUAUCACCCUUUUUUUUUCCGUGGUUUUAAAUCUCCCGCUAUAGCUGCUGCUAUCUCCAGUUAGAGCGGGUACUAUAGCAGGCUAUAAGCCAGCUGUAAAUAUAUUUCAAGAAGAUAAAUGAGGAGAGAGAAGAGCAGCGGGCUACAGAUUUGUAGCUAGCUGUAGCACAGACUCCAAGACGCAGCGUGCAUAUGACAGGUGGGACCAGGUAUUAAUUGUGUAGUAUGUAACUAUUAUAUGAAUGAGCUAUUAAAUUAGCUAUAAAUGAAUUGGAGCUAGUAGUUGGC